AUGAGGUCCUUUUGGCUGUUGCUACUCGUGGCAGCACCGCUCGUCCUGGCCGAGGAUAAGCUGAAGAAACCGACGAUGGCGGGUUCGCCGUCAUUGGGCCCGAUGACCUCAAAGCACCCUGCGGAUAGCAUGGCCAGCCCAAGCAUGACCGAGUACAAGAAGACACUGAUCCGGAAGCCAAAGCGGUCAAACGGCGAGAUUCCGUUGCUCAUCAUCCGACCGGUGGAGAAGCGGCGUAAGAUCUACUUCAAGGAACCGACGGUGAAGAUCGCGUCUGGCGGUGUUGCUACGUACGGCACCUAUCCUGAGUUGCAUACGAGUGACGGCGAGAUGUUCACGCUCGAGCACAUGCUGCCCAUCCUGAGCCUGGAGGGCAUGCUGAAAGGAUUCACAACCAAGCACGGACCAAACCACUUCGUGCCAUCGCCUCAGUUCAAACCGUCCGACAUCCAUCACCUGCUGGCACCUCAGAAAACGAAGGAAGAGUACCACCACCAACUGGCACCGUUGAAACCCAGCCAGCUGUUGUCCGUCUCGCAUAAACCAGCAGAGGUUGUCCCAGCGCAGGCUCUACCUUCUCCACCACCACCGAACUACGUGCCAGCCGUCCACUCGGAGGAUCAACUGCUGAAGCUCGGUCAACCACAACCCUCGUUUUCACCACUGCUCCAGGAUAAGCCGUCGUUCGUAAAGCCAGACCAACUACCUCCCAGCUUCAACUUCAAGGUACAGGAAGAGGUCGGUCACUACAAGGUGAACGCAAUCCCGCUGUCGAAACCACUGUCUGAGAGUCACCAUGGACACUACCACUACCCAUCGUCGUCGGCGUCGUCGUCAGGUGGAGGUGCCACAAGCUAUGUAGGCAGUCAAUCUGGUAAGCCGCAGUCAUCGCCGCUGUAUCACCACACAAGCGAUAAGUGGCAGGAGGUGAUGCCCAAGAAGCCACCGGUGUCCGUGUCGACAAGUUUCUACCACCCGAAAACGAUCGUAGCCGAGCCGGAGAAGGUGUCCUACGCCCAAUCCCAACAGCAACAGACACCAACAGGUGCUUCUCCCCAGCAACCAAGUGGAACCGUCCAAACGCACCUGAGCUAUUACUUCCCGAAGGAGGAGACGGUGGUUUCACAAGCACCCCAAACCCACAGCCACAGCCAGCAAACGGCCACGUCCUACAGCAAUGUGCAGGCGGGUGAACACCAGUCUGAAGCUGGAACUAACGCUGAGAAGCCCAUCCACAAGACGUACAGCUCGCAUAUCAAGCAGAAGUACCAGAAACAACACCAUCAGCAACCGCAUGUCUUCAUCCAGAAGUACUUCGAGUUCCCGUCCAAGAGCGGCAACCACCAGAAGAACGUAGUGAGUGAGUACCACGGAUCACACGGCAAUGAGACGCAGCAGUACCAGCAUCUCCCGGAACCACAAGCGUACGCUGCACCGCAAUAUCUGCCUUUGCCACAACCACAAGCUCUACAUCAGCCUCAGCACGCACCAGCCAUCACGGGACCUAGUCCUCAGACUCUGCACCUGCAACUACACCAUCCGGUGCAUCAUCAUCAUCCUCCUGGACAUCAUCACGUGGGUGGACCCGCUCAAAGCUACUGGAAGUUUGGACGUCGCACACAGGAUGCUCCGGUGAAACCCGUUGUCGAGCAUACGAACGAAUCGGAUCAUCAGCCUGACAGUCAUUUGGCCGCGUCCGGGACGGUGUUACGUCAAGUGAAACAUCCGGCUCAAGGAACGACGGUUGGACCUAGCAGCACAGAAUCGUCGCCACCAGCGGCUUCGGCACAGGACCGCAUCGACCAAGGAGCCAAUAAUAGUACAGCCACCGCCGGCACAGGACUACCCACGAGGACACCGAAGCAGAUUCAACAUGGUUGCGAGAGGCGUUGCAUCCGCAACACGGUAGCUCAGGCUUAUGAGCCGGUUUGCGGAACCGAUGGUGUGACGUACUCGAACCGGGGAAAACUACGUUGUGCCCGGACCUGCGGAAACGAUGAGCUCGAGAUUCGAUCGUAUGGUGAGUGUGCCACCCGGAAAGCAUAA